AUGCUUCCCAAGUACUUCGCUGCCGCUAUUCUCUUCUGCGCGUCCGCAGUGACCGCCUUACCUGCGCCCAACCAUGUGAAGGAAGUCAGCCUUCACAAGGGCGGUAACGCGGGGUCGAACAACAACGCGACGGCUGACGCGACUGCAACUGCAACUGCAGCUGCCGCGGACAGCACUUCAACCGACGUCGCCUCCGCCGACGGCUCGUCCAGCUCGGCGGACUCCUCCUCCAUUGCGGGUGCCUCUAACUCUACUUCAUCCGCCACCGGCGACGCGGGCGCAUCAAACUCGACCGACUGCUCGAACGCUGGUGCCGCAGAUACUGGCAAGGGCAAGAAGAAGAAGGGCGGCGCCUCUUCCGUCGCUCAGGCUAUCCACGCCGCUCAGCAAGCGAAGAAGAAGGGCGACAAGAACGGCAACGCAGCGCAAUGCUCGUCCAACUCCACCUCUGACGCCGGUGCGAGCGCGUCCAACUCAACUUCGGCCAAAAUACCUGAAUUAUGUCCCAAACGACUACAGCCCAGUGGCCCGUGGCCCAACGGCCCAAACAAUCCUCACGUGCAGUAG